GAGCUAUUUCUCAACUGGGGGUGAAAAUGGGAGGUAAAGGGAGGCAAAAAUACUUCAAAUUUUCACUCUUUCUCAGGCUGAAAAAGUACUGACAAGUUCCUGGUAUGCGUGCACUUCUAUUACUUAGUUUGAUUAGUGAGUUGCUGUUGUUUUUCCCACCCCUCUCUGGUUUUAUAGCAUGAAGGAUGGAAAAUUCUUUUUAAAUUUCAAAUAGGUGAUCACUCAUACAUAUAUGGGCCCCCAUACUGAAGAAAUGUCAAUGGUCAGAUAUGGGAAAUCAGCUAUAAUCACUGAAGCAUGUUCUAAUAUUUCCUGCUAAUUACUGGUUUUUAUUGCCUUGCUUUGCAGUAGCAUCUUUGAGGCCUCAGAGAGUGGUUGUGCCUGUUCAUCAAUGAUGCAAUUCUAUGGAGGUCAAAUGAAACUAGAUCACAUAAAAUGUUUGUGCCUUAAUGCCUGAAGUUUAAAAACAAUGAAUCAAGUGAAGAGAGCAGCAAAGGAAAGAUAAAACAUGUAAAGGCUGAUUUGAAUGAGUUCUCAGUCAACAAGGCAAGGUUGCAGCCAGUACCUGUGCCUCCUCUGCAAUUCAGUGACUCCUUUCGUGUCUGUAAUAAUUAAGAUGAACAUGAUUACAAACAGCAGGCAUGCAUCUCAGAGAAACCACACGGCAUUGCCAUGCUUCACUCUACUGGAGAUGGUGAUCAUGGCAGGGACCGUGAUGCUGGCUUACUAUUUCGAAUACACGGACACCUUCGCGGUCAACGUGCAAGGCUUCUUCUGCUACGAGGGCGCGUACCGCAAACCGUACCCGGGCCCGGAGGACAGCAGCGCCGUGCCCCCGGUGCUCCUCUAUUCGCUGACCGCAGGCGUGCCCGUGCUGGUGAUUAUCGUUGGAGAAACCGCAGUUUUUUGUCUACAGUUAGCUACAAAGGAUUUUGAAAAUCAAGAAAAAACAAUAUUAACUGGAGACUGUUGUUAUAUAAAUCCACUGGUGCGCAGAACCAUCAGAUUCCUUGGAAUUUACGCGUUUGGACUGUUUGCUACGGACAUCUUUGUAAAUGCUGGACAAGUAGUAACAGGGAAUCUUGCACCACAUUUUCUUGCACUUUGUAAACCCAACUAUACAGCACUUGGAUGUAAACAGUACACACAAUUCAUCAGUAGUGCACAUGCCUGUACUGGAAACCCAGACCUUAUCAUGAAAGCCAGAAAGACAUUCCCAUCCAAAGAAGCAGCUCUAAGCAUAUAUGCAGCUAUGUAUCUGGCUAUGUACAUCACCAGCACGGUAAAAGCCAGAGGAACAAGGCUUGCAAAACCUGUUCUGUGUUUGGGCCUUAUGUGCUUGGCUUUCCUUACUGGAAUCAACAGAGUAGCAGAGUAUCGAAAUCACUGGUCAGAUGUAAUAGCAGGAUUUAUAAUUGGAAUAUCUAUAGCAGUGUUUUUGGUUGUUUGCGUGGUAAAUAAUUUCAGGGGACGUCAGCCAGAACAUGAACAUUCUCAUACGGAUAAUCUGGCCCAGAUGCCCAUGAUCAGCAUACCUCGAGUAGAAAGCCCUUUAGAAAAGAACCACAUCACGGCCUUUGCAGAAGUCACAUGAUGUUGACGCUGAGGUAUAUUCGCUCCAUUGGACUUCAUCUCUUUUCACAGCCCACUCACGAUAAUUGCAGUGUAACAAAAUCAAGAAAUUUUUAAAGUCCUCUUUCUGACUUGAUUUUUACAUCGUUAAAUUGAUACCUACAUUUUGAAGAUUUCUUAAAUAUUAGAACGUCACUUUACUUUCUAGCAAAAAUAUUAACUGUUUACUUUUUGAUGGAAUGGGACGAACUAAGCACUAAUUACCUUUAUCUGACACUACCCUCUAUUUUGGCUUCUUGUUGUUUUUUAAUGGUUCAUGUACCUAUUCCAGUAGUACUCCAUACUUCGAUUUGAAAUUGAUUUUUAAAAUCUGCAUUUUUAAAUCAGCAUGAAUUUGUUUCCAUUUGAGCAGUUUUAGUGUAUAAAAACUAGAAAAAAUAUUACCUUCUGUAUGAAAAUGCUGUUUGCACAUUGUAUUACGCUGUAUUCCAUGUAAGAUAUCAUUCAAACAAUGUUAUAUGUAAAACUGGUGCUUCUGCUUUUGAAGAGAAAAAAAAAUGCCAAUUUUUACUGUAAUAAGUAUUGUAUCAUAAUUAAAAGUUUAUUUAUUUGGAUAUUUUCCUGACAUAAUUGUAGUUGAAUUGUUGAUUUGUAGCUCUUGAAUGUCUUGAAUGAUAUAUAUGUAUCUAGGUUAAAGAAAUGAAAAUUAUAUAGAAAUUUUGAUCAUUGAUAUAUUCUUUAUUAUACUAAUGCUAUCCCAUGAGAGGUUAAGGGCUCCAUUCUUAGCUCAGCAUAUCUGAUGGGAAGCCCUGCUAUCAGAGAUCACUUAAACAAGUUACUGGAGGAGCUCUGCAUCAUCUCAUAUUUGUUAUACACCCAGAUGUUAUGCUGGGAGAAUGAAGUGCUAAGACAGGAAGAGGGUCACUGAUAUAGUGAGGAAAAGUGCGUGUUUCUGUCCUCCUGUUGGAGCAUUUAUGGAAAAUAAGCAAUGGCUGCAUUAAUUUACUUCAACUGGAGUGACUGAGACAGGCAGAUUUUAUCUCUAGGAAUCCUCUCUAUCCCUGUUCCCUUUUCAGGGCCAUGUUCUUGCAACAAAUCCACUGUCAGACUCUGCAUUGCUAACAGGAUUUUUUCCUUCAAAUUCGAAUGGUGUUCUUAUAUUGCUGUUAUCACUGUGAAAAAUCAAAUUGAGCCUCCCCUUUAAAAGACAGCCUCACUUGACUAUUCAUAGUGAAGUAUUGUAGAUGCUGAAGAUACUCUUAACUGCCAGAAUGUUUUCCUCUGGCAAACACAGUUGUAACACUAGCACUAUAGACACAUUUAAGAUAGAGAAGUUCAAUGUGGUCCUUGAAAGGAGUACAGAAUUCUAGGCCUUAAGUUUUCCAUAAUUCACUGCAUUUCCUCUGCAUCAGUCAUUGGGAGAAGAUAUUUCAAACAUAACUGUAGAAUUGGAUGUAUAUUUUUCUAUGUUGAAUUUUAUUGCGUUCCCGCAUAGUUAUCCGUGCAUUUUCAUUUUAACUUCUCUUUUCACUAAAUGCAGCUACCUAAAUAUUGCUUGGAAAGCAGGGCAAAGCCAAGUCUUCUUUGAGUGCAGUAGAGCAGUGUAUCCCAUGAAGUCAUCAUACCAAGCUGAGAAUUAGAGAAUAAAGAAAUGUAUCAGCAGGGAAAAAAAUCAUAGAAUAGAGCCCUUAGCUACAAUGGUGUUACUUAGGUGAUUGAAAAUCCACCUUUAUUAGGCUACCAGUUGUGUUUACAAAAUUGUAGUAGGUCCAAAGUUUGUAUCACCAUGUUAGGCACACCUACCCUUCUCUUAUUAGUAUAGCUUUCUAGGGUCCAAGGUACUAAUGAUCUCUGUGUGUAGAUUUAAAAGAAAUUCUCACUCAUUUUUGCAUGGUAGCAAAUUUACAUUUUUUUUAAUAUCUGAUUUAUAAGAUUACCAAGAGAUUCUUUUAUGUUAAAAGAGAUGACUCUUUUCCACUGUACUGUAUAUCAUCAACUUGUAACUGGUCGCUUUCUCUCUCAGGAUCUUUCCCAGUCAAAUAUUUGGGUUAAAUUUAUCAUAUUAUCUCUGUGAACCAGCAGUGAGAAAACAAAGAGAGACACUCUGCUGUAUAAUGUAUUUUUAAAUAAAAUAAUUUUUCAAUCA